AGAUAAAUAUAAAAAGUAUAGAAAAAUGGAAUAAAAGAAUUACCAAGAACACACACAAUAUCAAACAAGACAAAUCAUCUGUAAUGUUGCCGAUUUUCUCUCGCGCGGAUUAGCUCGCUGGAGCGGUGCGAUAGAAAAGGCUCGAACGGGAAGCGAGGAAAGAGUCGUGUUUUAUAAAUGACGAGUCGGCGGUGUGUGUGAUAUAACCGAUGUGUGUUUAUUAAUUACGCUCUUACGGAACCGAAAGAAUACAAUGGUUCGGUGCGCGCGGACGGACAAGAUACAUGAAAGUAGAACGGCGUGUGGACGGACGGGUCUUUUGAAAACGCGGCUAUUUACAUGUCGAUAUGUACAUACGGUUCGCGAGGUGUCGCCAGCUGAUGGACCGCGAGUGAGUUUAGAUGCGGGCGCGUCUUUCCCGUGUAUAGCGGUACGUGAGGGGCGGAACUCCGUGACGCGACAUGGCGAGGUGCGAAUCGGCAGGGCGACCGCGGCCGUGUGCGUGCCGAUGAUGAUGGCGGCUGGGAUGCCGCGAAACGCGCCGAGUACCUCGGCCGAAACCCCGUAUCGGCGAUUCCGGUUGCUUGCGUUUCGUGGAGGAGCGGAGGUAUCCGCAGUCCGAGAGCUGUUCAGGAAUCCUUCCCUCGCCAAGUACCUUGACGAGAGUUGGACGCUCGAGCUCGCGAGGAUGCGGAGGAUGAGGAGCGGUGCGGAAAUUUGCGGAGUACCUCCGCCGUGGCCAAGCAAUCUUCGACCACUUUUAUUUCCAGCAGUGUCAGACGCAGCGGAUCAACGAGUGAUGCUGGCUGACGGGAAACAGGUGCAUCUUUCGGAGCGCGUGGCCCUAUAUACGAGGUGUGAUCAAAAAAUAAGGCCUUUUCAAUUUUGGGAAGAGAAAAAAGUCGCAGGGAGCCAAGUCUGAUGAAUACGGUGGCUGAGGCAUGAUGAUAGUCUUGUUUUUGGCCAAAAAAGUACUCACUAGUAACGACGUGUGCGCAGGUGCAUUUUCAUGGUGCAGAAUCCAUGAAUUUUCUUUCCACACUUCCGGACGUUUUUUUCUUAUUGAUUCACGCAAACGCCGCAUAACCUCAAGGUAAUACUCCUUAUUUACCGUACGACCUUGUGGUAGGAAUUCUUGAUGCACAACGCCAUGGUAAUCAAACUGUGAGCAAAACCCUUACGAAAAAAAACCCUCAAGUUUGAGUGUUAAACACUCACAAAGAACACUGAAAUUUGGGUGUUAAACUCUCAAAAGAACGCCCAAAUUUGGGUGUGAUUUCGGACCGUCAAUUGAAGGUUACACUCAAUUGAGGGUUAACACCCAAAGAAAACCCUCAU